UUAACCUUUUUAUUUUUAUUUUACUUUUUUUAACAGUUUAUUAUAUUACGCGUGUCUCUAUGUCUUUUUAGAAGUUUCUGCAUACGUGUUUAAGUUGCACUCAUGCUGAUUUAUCUUCGGAGGAAAUUGCGACUUCGAGGUUUCGUUUCUCUCCAACCUUGUCUCAUUUUACGAGCGGCGGACUUGAACGAUACAAAGGAUUAAUUGGCGGGUCCGAUCGCCGCGCGUUGCCAUCUCUCGCCCUGCCUUCUCCUCGUCUUCACCCUUCUCUCCCGCCCGCCUUUUCCCUUUUCUUCUCGCAAUGAUCCCUCCGAAGGGGUUGCAUGCCACGCAGGAUCCUGCGAGAGAAGAAAAAAAAGAGAAGCGCAGAAGAGGAACGAAAGAAAGGAGUUGCUAAUUGACACGGGCGAUUGCACGUAACGGUAUAAUUAGAGAAAAGAAUACGAAGCCUGAGCCGGUGCACUGAUGAAACCAAUGAACCAGCCAUCGUGCGGCGGCAAGGAGGGAAGCGAAUAAGAGAAAAGAAGAGAAAGAGGGAGAGAGAGAAAAAGAGACGAACGUAAAGGCAGAAAAGUAGCAGGGGAGAGAAGCAGCCGGCGGCUUUCGUGCGACUAUCGAGGGGUUCCCUCUCCAGAGAAAGAGCCGUAAACCUACGGUAAGGAGGCACGAGAGAGAAAAAACAUCGUUCGGGGAGAAAGAGAGAAGGGAUACGUGAAUGGUCAAGAGGGAGCGGGAGAAAAAAGGGGGAAAGAGAGAUAGAGCGAAAACGAGGAGGGAAAGAGAGGGAUUAUGAUGGGCUCGUGGACCCUGCCGCGAUCAUUCUGUACCAACACGCCGCGCCGGUAAGGUUUCGCGCAGCGUACCUCGUGGACCACCCCGAGAACACCACGAGGAACAAGCGUUCUCCAACGAGGUCACUCUCGCGUUCGCAGAAAAAAAGAAGCUGCUGUCGAAGAGAACCGUCGGUUUCACCUCGGUGUCUCAACUUCUUCAACUUCUUUGUCGUCCUUCCUUCGUCGUUGGAUGCGAAUUGCAAGUUGGCGACGACAGGACGCCACAGGACAAGACUCGGGAAGUGAUUUGGUGAAAGGUGCCGUGAGAGAGUUUGUUUCUUUCGCGAGAACUCUCAUGAUUCCGUCGGGACCAACUUCUUCAUCUUCACAGUCGCCACGACCGAGUUCUUAACCGGCGAUUCUCGACCAGGUACCCCCGAAAAAAAAGGAUUCAUCCAGCGAUCAUCUUAAAAAGAGACGUCCAGUUUUAAAUUUUACCACUUUAAGAGCUUAACUCGAAAAAGAUUCUAAUUUUUUCGCACGCAUCAUUUGUCAGAAGUAACAUUUUUUAAAAUUACUUUUGCACGGCGUUUGAAAACAAUCGUGUUUUAAGAAUCAAUGCGCGAUGCGCUCCGAUGAUUCGCUUUUAUUCUGGUCAUUCCGUGCGGAACAAGAUCGAGAUCUGAGUGAACAAUGAAAUAUAUAUUGAAUAUUCACUUCUAUAAGAAAAAAUUACGAUAAUUAUACCAAGAAGUAAUCCCUGUGAUAUCGGAUUGUCAACCGGCUUGAGCGAAUAUUAUUCGGGAACAAGAAUUAAGAAGGAAAAACUCGGUGGCUAGUCGCAGAUCGUUUACGGGGGCUCCCGCGACGAGUUCGGCGGAAAUUAUUCCGUCAAGAUCGCAAUCGCGCAAGCAGUUCGCCCAGGCGAUCAGGUUUCGCUCCCCGAGAAGAAAUCUCACUCCUCCAGCGCACGUUCUCCGUCGUGUAGUGUCGGGGAAGGAUUGCCGAGGUCGGGCAAGCCACUCGGUCGGAUCUCGCGCGUCUAAUUAUGCGAGCCAGUGGAUAUUAUGAGUCGCAAAAUGAGACGUGAAACGGCGACACUUUGUGAUCGCGCGAACAAGAAGAGGAACAGUUACGCCCGCAGGACUGUUCGCGGAAAAGACCAGGGCUUACCGCGGGAAUUAUUUUCGAUAAAAAAAAGAGGAGACCGAUUCAAAUUGUGCGAUUAGUAUUAAACGAGGACAGACGUGCAAGUCCCGCAGCUGAGCCGUGUCAAAAAAACGCAAUUACCUUUGAUACUGCUUGUUUCAUUACGGAAAAAAAUGACAAUGCGCAGCAAUGGUCUUCUCGUGAUCCUGCGAUCGUUUUUGGUUGCCGCCGUCGCCUCGACGUUACCGGGGACCUGGAUAAACCUGGGUCUGCGACAUCUUCCGCAAUUGGAAGCAGCCCGAUCAACGGAGGAAUACGAGACGAGUGCUUCCGCAAUUUGCGGUUUGAAGGGACUGUCCCAAGGCCAAGGAAAACUCUGUCAGCUGUCCGUGGAUCACAUGUCCAGCGUGGCCAAGGGCGCGAAAUACGGCGUUAUGGAAUGUCAGCAUCAGUUUAGAGACAGAAGAUGGAACUGUUCCACAGUACAUGACGAGACUGUGUUCGGUCCAAUACUUAGAAUAGCGAGCAGGGAAACCGCGUUUGUUCACGCGAUCACCGCUGCUGGCGUGGUUUACUCUAUUAGUCGGUCUUGCCGAGACGGCCAGCUAUCGUCGUGCGGCUGUUCGAGGAGUAAUAGGCCCAGAGAUCUGAAUCCCGAUUGGAUCUGGGGUGGAUGCGGAGAUAAUCUCGAAUACGGCUAUAAAUUCACACAAGCGUUCGUUGACGUGCGAGAACGCGAACGUAUCUUCAAGAGAGGCAGUCGGGAACAGGGCAGAAGCUUGAUGAAUCUGCACAACAAUGAAGCCGGGCGCAGGGCCGUCAUCAAAAGGUCCAAGGUGACGUGCAAAUGUCACGGCGUUUCCGGAAGCUGCAGCCUCAUCACUUGCUGGCAACAGCUUGCGUCGUUUCGCGAAAUUGGCGACUUUUUGUUAGACAAAUACGACGGUGCGACCGAAGUUAAAGUAAAUCGGCGAGGUCGUUUAUCCAUGCGCGAUCCGAGAUUCUCCGUGCCUACUGCCAGUGAUCUCAUUUAUUUAGAUGAUUCGCCAAACUACUGUCUUCCAAACGAUACAUUAGGAUCAUUAGGCACACAAGGCAGAUUAUGCAACAGGACCUCAUCCGGAAUGGAUGGCUGCAAUCUUCUUUGUUGCGGCAGAGGAUACAACACGCAGAAAUCGACUAUUAGAGAAAGAUGUGAAUGCAAAUUUCACUGGUGUUGUUUCGUCGAAUGUAAGACUUGUGUGAAAAAUAUCGAUAUUUACACCUGCAAGUAA